AUGACAGUUCCAAGGCAUAUUGCCUAUCAAUUCAUGUGGGCGCCAGUGUCCAAUGUCCAGGAGGUCCAGGGAGGUCUUCAAUGUCCAGUGGGCACAUACGAGGUACAGUAUGACCAUGUGAGAACGACGAGAUGCCCUUGGUGGUUAGGAGCACCUUCGUCCAACCCCCGGCAAGCAUUCCCGCAGCAACUGUUACCCGCGACAAGUAAGAAAACCGAACCAGCUUACCCUUCCGCUUCGGUAACUUUUUCACUUGCAUCCGUUCCCCGCUGGUUUUUUGGGACGUGUCCAGUCAUGGCAACCACGUCCACACCCAACAGGCACCGCAACCAUGCCGAAUAUUUUGGCACCAAACCUGCCCCACCCCUUUUCAUCGACCCGGAAACCGACGAGAGGCCUCCUUCAAUCGUUUUCACGCACAGCUUAAACUACGAAAAGCACAAAGAGUAUCUGGAUUCGUAUAGCCAAGGAAGGUUCAAGAGUACGGAGCGACAGGCUGUGGAAGCUGCUAUGAACAAAUACAUGGAGGACCAUGACAUCUCAAAAGACGACUUUUUUGCUAUACUGGCGCAAAAAAGGAACCACGGCAACAAAACUGCGGAGGGCGUGCCUGCGGAUCCCAAAGAUGCCACGCAUGGGAGCAAAAAGGUCAUGAGGGAGAUUCUGAAGACCUCACGACUCAAUCGCACGAUAUAUCAACUCGCUGUAUUCGUGAAGCGGACUCUUAUUGGCCAUGGUGACAGAGAAGUUGGUGAGAAGCGCGAGAGGCGGCCUUAUACACCGGAAGAAGAUCGAGAGCUUGUAGAGUUGGUUCAGAGGGGGGAGAAAUGGCGAGACAUCAAUAUCAAGCUGGGGCGUCCCAAUGCGCGCCGUAGGUACGAAGACAUUACCAAUGGCCGUAGAGCGGACGGUGCCCCGAGUUCAAUGGCGGGACAAAAGGCGGCGAAACCGAAAAAGAACAAUGCUCAGUGGACGUCCGAAGAGCAAAAGCGAUUAACCGACGCCAUGAAUGAUGUCAUGGAAAAGAAAGGAUAUACGAAUCACUCGCAAAUAACGGAAUGGGUGGAGAUUUCCAAAGUUGUCGGAAGCAGGGAUGAAAGAGCCUGCGCCGAUCAUUUUCUUCUUCGCAAACCAUGGUUCGUGCUAGGCAAAGAGCGAUGGACGGCAGCGGACGACCGCGAACUCCUUACUCGCAUACUGGCAAUUCAUGACAAAGCCGAACAUGAAGAUGAGAUCGAAUGGGCAGGGCUUCGGGGCGAGGACUGGUCCAAUUUACCCAUUACAUUUUUGCGAAACCGUUGGCGGAGAUGCCGCAAGAGGGUGAAAGAUUUCGACUAUAUGUCCUUCCUUGAAGGAGUUCGAUUGGCUCAUUCUCUCGUCGAGGAGAAAGCGAGCCGACAAGCGAAGGGGAUCAUAGACGAUACUCAUAUAGACGAGGUGGACAACAAUCCGGACAACCUGCCUCUCGAACCUGCAUCUGGGUUUGGACUGGGCCUAGACUUUUACGAUGAUGAUGGCAACACGCAAAGCAUUCCCGCCUCUGACGGUGUCGAUGCGGUGGAGGGAAAUAAGGAGGGAGGGGACGAUGAAGAUGAAGAGUGGGAGGAAGAGGAAGAGGAAGAGAUGAUGACCUUCACAUCACUCGUCCCAAAACCAUCCAUGCAGAACCAAACGGCCGCCAAGGAGGCUGCCAUGGCAUCCCUUGCCGCGAUGGAAUCCCUCGAGCGUGGUGCAGAUAUGACCUCCAUCGUUGGAGUAUCAGUUGACGAAUUGCCGGAGUCCACGGAUGCUCAAAUGACGAACUCGAUCCAAGCACAGAUUGCGGAAGGACUCGACGAUUUAACGGAAGCAAGAUCUGCGGACGUCAACGACCUUACGGGAAAGAUACCGUUUAAAACAAAGAAGUCCAAGAAGAAAACUAAGGUGACCGACCACGAAUCGAACCAGGCCACGGCGUCUCAAGCGCGCGAGGACGCUCCUUCCACUGCCCCGACCGCUGCAGUCACUUCGACGUCUUUCUCUCACAAACACUCACACAAACAAAAGAAGCGGAAGGCGAGCGUUUCGGAACAGACUGCUGGCGUCGAGACUGCCCGCGCCGACGCAAAUGGCGGUGAUGGUGCCACAAAGCCGAAGAAGAAGAAGAAGACUAAACACGCUGAGGGCCAGAACCUUGAUCCAAAGGAAGCACAGAAACCCAUCAGUUUUUGA